AACCCGGAUAGUUGUCAGUAGCGGACCUGUCUCGGGUAAACUGGUCUGUAAACCGUUGAAAAUAAAACUGUUUAUUUGGCAUGUCUCACGCACAGGUCUGCGGGUUCUGAGGACAAACACUUGUGCAUGAUAUCCAGCAGUAGAUGAUGUCGGAGGCCGCUCUGGAGGAGGUGAGCGUGCUGUCGUCCAUCUACUGCGGAGAAGGAGAGUUCCACUUCCGGCAGUCUGAUCAGGAUGGGCUGGUGGUCCAGAUCAACUGCUCUGCUGGAGCGGGCCGGGGGCUGGUGCUGAGUGUGGUGUUCCGUCUGCAGCCCGACUACCCCGCUCACCCUCCACACAUCUCCGUCUCCUCCACCGACCUGUCCCGGGCUCAGUGUGACGGCGUCAGACAGAAGCUGCAGGCUCGAGCUGCAGCCCUGCCCCCAGAACCCAUGGUCCACCAGCUGGUCCAGUACCUGCAGGAGGAAUGUGUGCAGCUGAGCCAGGACCCCGGAGCAGACACCAGGGGGACACAGGAGAGGGAACCGGAGGAGGAAUGGACUGCAGUGCUGCUGCUGGACCACAUCCGCUCUCAGAACCGAUACGUUGCUCUGCUGGAGCGCUGGAGUGUUCAGCUGCAGCUGGCUGGAAGGUUGUUGCUGGGGCCGAAGAUCCUGCUGCUGCUGCAGGGCUGCAGGCGGGACGUCAAGGAGUUUUGUCGCCGGUUGAAGACGGUUAAAGUGGAUGUGGACUCGACGGGCAAGAAAUGCAAGGAGAGGAUGAUGACGGUUCUCCUGGAAGCCCCCUCUUCCUCCGGCCGUCAGGGCUCCCAGCAGGGUUUCUCAGUGCAGUCCUACCAGUCUCCAGCAGAGCUGGCCGGGAGCUUCCAGGAGCUGAGCGUGUCUGAGUUGUACCAGCAGAUCCUGCCCACGUUAAGGGCCUGACGGAGGAGGAGCUGCUGCUGCUGCUGCCGCGCCCAAACCAUACACAAACGUCCAGCCGAGCUGAAGGCUGAAGGGUGUGUGUUCCUCCCAGGACGGAGCGGAUCAGUGGAAAAUAUUUGAAAAGAAAAACGGAGCCUGAAAAGGCUCGUCCUGAGUGUUCCUGCUGGACUUUAGCUGUUUUCAGAGAAAGCAGUUUCCACGGCAGGACGUGGCGGUCGGUGCAGCUCAGACCCAGACCACGCAGAUCUGAACCCGUUACAAACGUUAUGCUGUUACGGAAUAACUUUAAUCCUAUACGUCCCAAAUAUUGUAACAAAUGCAAGGUUUCUUAUGGGUCUUACUUCCACUUUAUUCGGCAGGCUAUGGAAACGCCUGUGGUCAUCACAUGACAUCAAAGUCGACACAAAAAUCUCUGUAUAUAAAGCUGUUGUGUUGUCAGCCCUUCUCUAUGGUGCCGAAACGUGGACACUAUACCGUCGCCACAUCACACGUCUCCGCUGCCUCCAACAACGCCAUCUACGGGCAAUCCUUCGCAUCUCAUACCAUCAAAGAGUGACAAACGAUGAAGUUCUGACUCGAGCCAAUAUGAUGGAUAUGGAGAUCAUCCUCUCCAAGAUACAACUAAGGUGGGCAGGGCACAUCGCUCGUAUGCCUGAAAACCGACUCCCGAAACAAGUACUUUUUGGAGAGCUUGCUAAAGGAAAAAGAUCUGUCGGUCGCCCACUCCUACGAUGGAAAGAUACACUAAAGAGCACUUUUAAGCAAUGUGACAUCUCACCAGACACAUGGCAACUCGAGGCUUUGGAGCGUUCCAGAUGGAACAACACCACAAAUGCUGGCCUUAAAAAGUUGGACGAUCUGAGGCAGCAAAACAACGCACUUAAACGUGCACGUCGUCAUGCGCAAAGGGAGGCCACUGCUGACGGGAGCCUAGGAGCAUUCAAGUGUCGUCACUGUGACCGAAGAUGUACAAGCCGCAUUGGCAUGCUAAGUCAUGAGCGUGCCUGCAAGAAAUAAAAGAAAGAGUAGUGAAAACAUUGGAACAUGGACGUUUCGCAGGCAGCCAUCGUCGACUCGACGGGCAGCUUUGUGUUGUGUGUGUGUUACUUCCACUUUAUACGUUUCUGGGGAAAGGUUUGUAAUGAAAUUUCUGUAAUAUUUGGUAAAAAUCUAGGUCUUAAACCCCUUUCUUGUAUUCUUGGAUUACAUUCUUCAUUGAAUCUUAAACCCCACACGGUAAAACUGCUUGACGUUCUUUUGUCUGGUGCCAGAAGGUGCAUCUUACGUCAGUGGAUUUCUGACAAACCUCCUACGCUUUCACAACGAAGUAUAAUAAUAAAACUCAUCCUUCUGGAAGCCACGACCGACUGGCUUAAGGACAAACCCUCAAUGUUUUAUAAAGUUUGGGAGCCAUUCUUAGACUACAUUGGAACAGAGAGUGCACAGACUUUGCAGAGAGGCCUCUAUGGACUUAUCUGGAAAUAUAUAUAUAUAUAUUCCUAUAGAAGCCUAUACUUGAGUUUGAACCAAGCGGAAUAUUGUAACACCUCACUGUCUGGAUAUCUGGUCAUGCACCCAUUCAACUGUUAAGUCUUCUUUCCCCUCCAUCCCUUUUUUUUCUUCCUUUAUUUACUCAUUUUGCUUCAUCAUCGUGUGUGAAUUCCUGCUCAGUGUGUUCUGUGUAGAAUAUGGUGUUCUUAUAUUUUACUUUAAAACCAAAA